AUGCCUUCGGCAGCGUUUCUCAGAUUUUGGCGGACGGAUCUCACGCGCGAGUGCUUACUCUCAUUCAUGACAAAGGAAGAUCAGGCAUCCUUGCGCCUGGCAUCCCAUGAGUGCAGUCUUGGCACGGCAGCCUCCCUUUUCAAGGAGAUCCAGGUCUCAUUUGGGACCAACACUUUUACACGUCCGGCCCGAAUGGCAGCUUUGGAAAGGAUCGGUGGUUACGUGAGCAACUUCACUUUCUCUAUGCCACAUUCCCCGGACACAUUCCUGGCUCCGUUGUUGGAUCCUAUAACUGGUGAGGAGCAAGUCUUUGUCUAUGAACCAUAUCUGGCACUUCAUCGACCUUCCUCAUCCGGUUCUCACUCAUCGUCAAAGUAUGGCAGCUGGGAGAUGAACGACUUGCUAGUCAAGCAAUAUUCGCCUCUAUUUCAUGCCACUACAAAUAUACCAUCCUUCGUGCGUGCAUUCAAUGCCAUGCCCGCCCUGCGAUGCUUGAAGAUAUCUUGUCCAGGCCAAUCGCCAGCGCAGAUCUACCGCCGCAGUGCUGUGGACUAUGCAUUGAUCUCCUUGAGGAUGGCUAUUGAGCAAGCGUCUUUGCCGAGGUUGGAAUGCCUGAAUUUGGAUGCCGUCCACACGUCAACAGUAUUCUAUCUGCGACCACUGCUCGGUAUCGGAGCUUCGCCAGCAUCGCUUCGCAGAUGGCGACAGAUUAAAACCCUGAAGAUGCGCAUCGACUGUCCAAGAUUUGGCGAUGGUCAGCCUACGGACCAUCUGAAGUUUCUUCACUCGUAUCUACAAUCCUACCCUUUACUGGAGGAUCUGUCAUUUGAAUGGCUGAACCAGAAGGGUCCAUGUCCGCUGUCGCUGUCUUCCGAGCAGUGCCUUGCUCCAGGCGCUCUAGACUGCUCUGCAGCAUGCCCCAAAACAUUUGCUAAACCCCCUCGUGCACUAAGGUUUCGAAAGCUCCGCCGCAUGGUGCUGGAUAACUCGGUGCUUGAUGCCAGCCAGAUAGCGGACUUCAUCAUGGUUCAUCGGAAAGUUCUGCGAGAGUUCGAGUUCGAAAAUGUGCGUUUGCGAACUGGAACCUGGGAUGAUGCCUUGGCACCUCUUACACGGAUCUCAGGCAGCGAUUCAUGGAAGGGAAAACAGGAGGAAGUUAUGGACGUACCCUUGAUGCUCAGCCCUGUGGAAGAGCAAGAAUGUAUCAAAGAAUACAUGUGGGAAGACCAGAAGAAACACCGGCCUUUCCGCACGCUUCGAAAGGCAAGCAUGAAGACCAAAGAGAUGUUAGGGGCACUGAGGUCGUCGGUGCUUACUUGGAGGUGA